CGUCAUUGUCAAUAAAUUUUAAGUCGAAGUGUUAAAACGUACAAAAUGUUAAUUACAAUUUUAAUCGCUAUUAUGGAUUCCGAAUUAGUUAAAAGUAUGGAUUCGGCUGAGGUUAUUUUGAUCCUCAUACCAAUACUUUUACUUUGUCUCAUAUUAACAAUAUUGAUUUUGUUGUGGUAUUCUGGACUGUUCCUUUCCAUAGACGUUACAGCGUGUAGGCCGCCGUUUCAAGAGCUGGAAGUUGCGUACAAAUUUGUACGGGGAUCUCAUAAAGAUUGCAGUUCGUUGUACACUGAAGCCCAUUCUUUAGCUCCAAAUUUAAGGUGUAUAGGUGUAUAUUAUGACAAUCCGAAAGAGGUUGGUGAUACCAGUAUUAGGUCUAUUGUUGGAUUGAUAUUAAAUGAUGAAGAUAACAAAGUCACUGAAGAGGCAAAGCAAAUGAUUUUGGCUAAAGGUUUCCAAAUUACAAAGUUUCCAAGUGUUGAAUAUGUAGUGUAUGCUGAUUUUCCUCAUACAAAUUUCCUCUCUGUCUUGAUUGCUGUACACAGAGUUAUUCCAGCCUUUAGAGAAUAUAUCCAGGAAAAGAAACUUCAGGCAUAUCCCUUAAUUGAAAUCUGUGAUGGCCUGCUGAUCACUUAUGUAGCUCCACUAUCCAAGCAGAGUGAAUUCUUUGUAUAUGAAGCACUUGCAGAAAGUGAAGAAGAAGUAACAUCUGAGAAAACAGUGGAUGAAGCUGAUGAGGCCUAUGUGAAGGAUUUAGAAGAGUUACCGGAUACUAUAAGCUCAGUUGAUUCUCUCAUAGAAGGUGGUUCCAAAGUGGAAGAAUUACCAUCUAAUGAAGAAGUUCUUGACAGUUUAGAAGAGAAAAAUAAGAUUGCUGGAAAUGGUUCAGAAGCCAGUACGGAAUCAUUUGAAGAACUACAGCUGGAUUCAUGAAUUAAAUUCUGAUUGUGAUUUAUUAUUGUGUGCAUGAAUUGCUUUCAAGGUCCAUUUACUAGGCCUAUGAUUGAUAUUGCUGAAGUACUUCCUCUACUUCAAUGUAUUUGCACAACACAUUUUCCAUAUGUGUGGACAUAGUUUUCACUCAGUACUACUAGUAUACUAUAUUGCAAUGUAUGAUUUGCUAUGAACUAAACCUGUGUUUCAAAAACAUUAAGAUAUACAGUUGUGAUGUUUCAGCAGUGCUUUUCUUUAUUUUUAGUUUACGAUUAACACUGUGUAUGGUGAUUCCCUUGCAGAUACUUUUGAAUGGACCAUUUGUGUGGAUGGGCUUGAAAAAAAUACCUUAAAUAUUAUGUGUAGUAAUUUUUGAAGUUUUUCUUUUUUGUCAGUUAUUAGGAAAUGAAAUGCAGUAUCAAAAAUUGUCCCCUCUUUGAAUUUUAAUAUUUAAUUUACUGAUUUUCUGAUUUAAUUAAGGAGUAACAUGUAGUAGUGCGUAUAGAGUGGAGACAUAUUUUUAAUGCAAAAUGUAUGAUAUUCAUUAAAUAAUUAUAGUGUAUAUAAAUGGAAAUAAUUAAGUUUCUUUGCUUCAGUUGGGAUAUGAGCUUGGAACCUUGACCUGCUGAUAAAUGUUCUAUAAAAUUGACUAAAAGAAUUUUCUUUUCCUUAAGUUUCUUUGUAAUCUUAAUAUAUAUGUCGAAGUCCCUCUCCCUUUUUAAUUCGGUGUAACAUUUACCUUUUUCCAAAUGAUCAGUUAAUACUGAUGAGGUAUCAUGUUUUAAAUGUAUUUUAAUGUGAUCAAGUAAAGAAAAUCAUUAGCGAAUUUAUUUAAUUUUUUUCUUUUGGAAUAUUUGUGAAGAAGCCUUUGAAAUCAUUACUGCAUAUAUAUAUAUAUAUACAUAAAUAAAAGCUUGGAUUUCUCAUGAGGUAACGUUACCUUUUUCGAGAGAGUGGAAUUAUAAAAAUCCCCUUUCCCUUGAAUGAUCUUUAAUUGUAGAUGUGAUAAUUUCUUUUAUUAUUUUAAUAAUAUGUGUAAUUAAUUGAUAAUACAUUCAAAUUUGCAUCUGAGCAUUUAGGAGACAGAGUAAUUUAUUGUAGUGCCAAAUGUAUCUAAAAAUAUUAUAACUUGCUUUGUAUUAAUUUUUAUCAAACUUUUUGUAAUGAGAGUGUCUAAAAGUAAAGAACAAUUAAGCUGUUAUUGGAAAUAAUUUUCAUAUGUAAUUUAUAAUGUUCACAAGUUAAUUUACAUUUAAAAUUAAUUAAAGAAUGGAUGUUUGCAGUAUUUUUGGUAUUUAUUUACUGGGAA